AUGUAUAUAUAAAAAAAAAAAUUGAAAAAAGAACCUAGGAGGAAGUGAGGUAUCUUUGGGAACAGAGGAAAAUGGAGAGAAGGAAGCCCAAAGCAGUGUUCAUGGCCUUCGGUACCAAAGGCGAUGUCUACCCUCUUGCUGCCAUUGCUGCAGCUUUUGCGUGUGACCAGAACCAAUACGAUGUCAUGUUAAUAACUCAUUCGGCACACGAGAGCUUAAGUAUUCCCUUGGCUCAGAAACAUGUUCAAUUUUGGCCAGUUUCAUCGCCUCCAGUUCUUUGUGCUGAUCAGACUGAUGCUGAAGGGAAAAUGGAGUCAUCUUUUUUCUUGCAGAAAAAGAAAGUUACAAGAGAUCAUAGACAAGAAUGCUAUUCAUUAAUUGAAAGGAUAUUUGGAGAUGGCCCAAGCUUGGACGGUGAUCUUAUUAUGAUAAAUUUUUUUGCUUUGGAAGGAUGGAGCCUUGCUGAAAGCUUUUGUGUCCGUUGCAUUGUGGCUGCUCCUUAUGUUGUUCCAUACAGUGCACCUUCAACAUUUGAAAGACAAUUCCAAUUAGAACUUCCUCUUUUGUAUAGAUACCUCAUUGAUGCUCCUUCUGGUAAGGUCUGUUGGAAGGACGUGAUUCAUUGGAUGUGGCCUCUUUUCACAGAAAAUUGGGGAUCAUGGAGAAAUGAUGUCUUGCAUCUUAGUCCAUGUCCUUUUACUGAUCCUGUAACAGGCAUACCUACUUGGCAUGAUAGACCGCAAUCUCCUCUUGUGAUGUAUGGUUUUAGUAAAGAAGUAGUUGAAUGUCCUGCAUAUUGGCCUUCAAAAGUUCUGGUUUGUGGUUUCUGGUUCCUCCCUAUUGAAUGGCAGUUUACGUGUAAGAAAUGCAGAGAUAUUUCCGUACAUGAUUCGUCAGGGCAUCAAUAUGCUAAAGAUGACUUGUGUGCCAGUCAUUUAGAGUUGCAAAACUUUAUAAAGACUACACCAAUUUUUAUUGGACUCAGUUCUAUUGGAAGCAUGGGUUUCUUAAAAGACCCGUAUUCAUUCAUAUGCGUUCUUCAGACUGUCCUAAGCACCACAAAUUACAGAUUUAUUCUAUUUACAGCUGGAUAUGAACCCUUAGAAUCAAUUGUUCGUGGCAUUGCCUCUGAAGCAUCAUUUGAGCAGAAAAAUUGCAGUGAAGAUUGUGUUUCUCUUUGUAAUGGGCGACUCUUGUGUUUUUUUGGUUCCUUACCAUACGGUUGGCUUUUCCCAAAGUGUGCUGCUGUAAUUCACCACGGAGGCAGUGGAACUACUGCUGCUGCAUUACAGGCAGGCACACCGCAGGUAGUAUGCCCUUUCAUGCUAGAUCAGUUUUAUUGGGCGGAGAGAAUGCAUUGGCUUGGCGUUUCACCUGAACCACUCAGCAGAAAUCAUUUGCUUCCUGAUAAAAAUGAUGAAACAAGUAUUCAGGAAGCUGCGCGUCUACUAUCAAUGGCAAUCCAUGAUGCAUUAUCACCAUCAGUCAAAGCACGGGCUGCAGAAGUCGCUGAAAGAAUAGUGCUUGAGGACGGCGUAGCAGAGGCAAUUAAGCAUCUCAAGGAAGAGCUGGGUUUGAAUUGAGAUAUUGAGUGCGACUGAGAUGUUCCAAGAUUCACCCUCUUCAUGAGUAGUUCAAUUUCAUGGUUUUUUGUUACCAAUUCAUCUUAGGAUUUGUCAGCAUUGAAUAUGUUAGACUUUAUGAAGGGAAGCAUACUUAUUGGUAGAUAAUAGUUUAUCUAGUAAGUUAUCUAAAUGCAUAAUUUCUCUUCACUGAUA